GACUCAUUAUCAUCAUUUUCUCCCCCUAAACAAUUUUUUGCCACAAAAUUGAAACAAAAAAACUGGCAAAUAUUAAAAUAGGAAAAAAUGAAAAAAAAGGAUAAAGACAUAAAGAAAAGAAAAAUAAAGCAUCUAACCCUAGCCCUAUCUCGAAAAAAAAAAAGGUCUGGAACCCUAACUCUCACUUACAAUUUCCAACUCGCUUUCUCUCUCUAGAUUCAUUCAUUUCAGAUUUGCCAUCUAAAAACUUAUCGAAUUAGCGCACACUCAUUCUCAUUAUCAAAUUAUUUUUCCCCAAUUUGAUAAACAGAUACGAAGAGCGAGAUUCUAGAAUUGCGGGCAAAUUUAUACUUUUCGACGACAUCUCAAACUUCAAUUCCAAAUUUUGAAGACUUGAAGAUGAAAGCUUCGUCGGGAUUUCCUGUUCUGGAUAACCGGCCGAUUGAUCAAUGGAAAGUUACGGAACUGAAGGAAGAACUUAAGAGGCGGAAGUUGACCACAAGGGGUUUGAAAGAAGAGCUAGUUCGACGGUUAGAUGAAGCUUUACGUGUUGAGAUGGAAGUUGAGGAAGAAGAGGGGGAGGAAGCAGCGCCUGUUGGUGGUGAGAUGGGAGCUGCGGAAGAAGAGGUCGACAAUGGUGUUCAGGACCCAAAGCCUGAUAAUGUUGAAAUGAUGGGUGAGAAAGAAGAUGAUAAAGAUGGUGUUGAGGCUCCAAAGGAUGACGACAUUGGUGAAGCUGCCGUAGCUGAGCAACCCGGUAAGGAAUUCAGUGAACUAGGGGUAGGUAAUCCUGGGAAUGCUGAAGAAAAUGUGGGUGAUGCUGAUUAUGGAGUCACUAAGCUGGAUGCUGAAUCAGUAUUGGUGGAUAGUGAAAAGAGUGUUGAACAACCAAUUGAGGGUAGAGGCCAUGAAGAAAUAGAGUUAGGGCUAGUGAGUGAUCAACCUCCGGAGGUGGGCGACAUGUUAGCUACAAGUGAUGUACCCAUUGCAGGUUUGGACAAAAUAGAUAGUGAGGUUUUGUUAGCUGAAAACGCAGGGGAUGGGGAGAGGUUGCAACAUGGUGAUAUGGAAAGGGACAAUGAGGGUUUCAAAGCGCAGGAGCUAUCUGAGGAUUUAAAGCCACUACAUGAGGAUGGGAAGCUGGACUCUUCUGAUUCAAACAACCAGGUAUCUGAGGUCAGCUCUAGUAUAGGGUUUCCCAUAAAAUCUAAUUCUAUUUCUACUGAUUCUGUGUAUUUUAAUGAAAAGAAUGACCUAAAGGAUAACAUAAUUGCUGAUAAUGUUAAAUUAGAAUCUGAUGUUAAGCCUGAGAUGGUGCAACCAUCAUCAAGUGAUAUAGUCCCCGACGGUGGCAAAUCACAUCCAAGUGAUGUUGAGGAGCCACAAGAAAACAAGGUUUUUGGUCAACAGACAGAUAACAAUGUUACAAAUGCGGAUGUGAGCCAGAAAAAUUAUAGUGCAGAUUUGGGGUCUUCUGAAAAGUUAAAUUUAGAUCGAAGUUCAGGAGAUGAUUCCAUGGAGGAAGAUGUCUUAGAAAGUAAGCAUAUUGACUCACAUUAUAAUUCUGAAGAAGUUGUAGAGAAGACUGAGAUAAAGGAGAUCACUACAGUUACUGAAGAAAGGCCUGUUGCGACCAUGGAUAUUGAUGUACCUGAAAAAGAGAUAGGUACUCGUCAUGAAAAUAAUGUUGUUGCCGCUGCUUCAACUGAUAAGAGAAAGCUUUCAGAUCAAGAACCAGUUCUUAAUAAUGAGCCUCCAAAGAGGCAGCGUAGAUGGAAAACUGAAAGUGACAAUGUUAAGGAGCCUCAAAUCUCAAAUAUUUCUCCCCAAGCUUUAGUUAAGGAUGUGCCACAACCUGCUGUUCUGAGACGUAAUCUCUCUGGAUCUAAUUCUAGUAGUGGUGCUAAUGACCCACCUAAAGAACGUGAAGUUCCACCCUCUGCAAAGCCUGCAACGGAUUCCCUCAGGAUUGAUCGUUUUCUGCGCCCUUUUACCCUGAAAGCUGUUCAGGAACUUUUGGCCAAAACAGGGACCGUCACCAGUUUCUGGAUGGACCACAUAAAAACACAUUGCUUUGUCUCUUACUCUUCUGUUGAAGAAGCAACGGAGACAAGGAAUGCUGUCUUCAAUUUGCAGUGGCCUCCAAAUGGCGGUCGCCAACUCGUGGCUGAGUUUGUUGAUCCCGAGGAAGUUAAAUCACGUUUGGACUCCAAAGCGCCUCCAGCUCCUGCAGCUCCUGCGAGUUCUGGCCCAACAGUUACCGAACCACCUCCAACAAUGCCACAGCCUUCACCUCGCCAACAAAGUCUUAGACAGCAGAUGUCGCAACAACCUACUCUACCACCGCCACCCCCUCUGUCAAAUCCACCACAGGCUAGGGAAUGGGCUGGUCCACCUCCACCCCCUCAAAUUGAAAAAGUAGAGGCUCCUAUUGUGACCCUGGAUGAUCUUUUUCGGAAAACCAAAGCAACACCUCGGAUCUAUUACUUGCCAUUGUCCGAAGAGAAAGUGUCUGCCGUACUUGAAGCUCGGCGUAGAAACCCUAAGCCAUAGGGUCCACUCCAGGCUGGUAACUGGAUGCUUGCUCAUGUGUUUAGGAUGUAUAUGUUGAGGAAGAAAUGAUGUAUUUGCAGCUUUCUUGGUCAACAAUUAGUUAGUAUUAGGAAGAAACUUGUCCAGCUGAGGAUUCUCUGCGCUUAUAGUCUUGGGAUCUCCCGUAAGUUUUUGUUCUGAGUUAUUGAGUGAACCCGUAUGAAUGAACCAUUAUCUUUCGGGCUGGAUUAUAUCUCCUUUUUUUCUUUUAAUGAACUGAGUAAUCUGUUUUCUUUA